UCUCCUCAUCACCAAGUUUGCAUUGGCUUAGUUCUUAAACGGUUUUUUAAAUAAUAUUAAAAAAAAUUCAAAAGCAAAAUUCGUCUGUCGUGUUUUGUUGUUGUCCGUCCAUGAAAACGAGCCCCACCCCGCCUUGUUGCUUAUAAUUUCUAUUUAGAAGCAUUAGCUUAUCUCUUGCCAAAUACCUCUCAGCCUUGCUUGUUUUGCAAAUGUCUCCAAGCAAAGACGUAUCUCUGGAGGUUUUUCCUUACCUUCGAGUGUACAAGGAUGGAACCAUCGAGAGAUAUGCAGGAACAGAAAUUACACCUGCUGGCUUUGAUUCUCAAACUGGUGUUUUGUCCAAAGAUAUCUUUCUCACCACUCCACAGACCACUCUCUCAGCCAGGAUCUACCGUCCCCAGUUCAUUAAUAACAAUCAAAAGCUUCCCCUUCUAGUCUACUAUCACGGUGGGGCCUUUUGCAUAGCAUCACCGGCUGAACCGAAGUACCAAAAUUGCCUCAAUCAGCUAGUUUCCAAGGCUAAAAUCAUUGUUGUGUCGGUGGAUUACAGGUUAGCCCCAGAACACCCGCUCCCUGCUGCCUAUGAAGACUCAUGGGCUUCUCUUCAGUGGCUGGUUGCCCACGUAAAUGGGGGCAUCGAAGAAUGGCUAGAGGAUUAUGCAGACUUUGAGCGAGUGUUUUUGGCAGGAGAUAGUGCUGGAGCCAAUAUUGCACACCAAUUAGCCUUGCGAAUGAAGGACUUUCCAAAUAUGAAGAGGCUUCAAGGCAUAGCUAUGAUCCAUCCUUAUUUCUGGGGAAAAGAACCAAUUGGAGAAGAGGCAAAUGAAAGUUUGAAAAAAUCAAUGGUAGAUAAUUGGUGGAUGUUCGUUUGCCCAUCUAAUAAAGGGUGUGAUGAUCCAUAUAUAAACCCAUUUGUGAAAGGAGCUCCAAGUCUCAAAGGGUUGGCUAGUGAAAGUGUGCUAGUUUUCGUAGCAGAGAAAGACAUAUUAUGUGAAAGAGGAAAGCUUUAUUAUGAAAAACUUGUGAAAAGUGGGUGGAAAGGAAAAGCAGAGAUUGUGGAGACAAAAGGAGAAGAUCAUGUUUUUCACAUCUUUAACCCUGAUUGUGAAAAUGCUCAUCUCUUGAUCAAGCGCUGGGCUGCUUUCAUCAAUGGAGUACAAGUUCUUGUUAAUUAGAUCCAAAGUAAAUUGGGUUGGCUGCUGCUUUUGUGUCAAUUUAUAUCUUACCUUUACAGCUGGAUUUCCAAUGCUCUUGUAUCUAAAUUAUACAACUUUUACUUGUUUCGAUUGAGAUUGUGUUGAUGUGUGACACUCCACUUAAUGAACAAUGAACAAAUAAUAACAGUCACUAUGAUCACCCACUAA